UUGGACUGGAAGACCUUUUUACUGAGAAGAAGUAGAGAACUGAAACGGGGAGGUUUACUUGUCGUAGGUACCUGCGCUGAGUUUGAGGACAGAAACACUGGAGAAAAUAAAUACACUCUGUAUUCCCUUGUGGGACUACUGAAUGGGGUAUGGAAGGAAUACAGUGAAUCUGGUAAAAUCUCCAAAGAUGAGUUCGUCAAUACAAAUAUAUCCACUUGUUGUUGCACCAUGAAGGAGUUGAGAAAACCAUUCGAUGACAAAACGUCACCAGUUUCAAGGUCAGGAUUAACCCUCUUGUCAGCUGAAGCUGUAGUGAGCCCUGAUGUAUUUUACAACGAUUGGAGAGAGAAGAAGGACAAAGAAGGAAUUGAUGACAGGGAGGAGUUUGCCAGGAUGUACGUGUCUGCUGACAGGAACUGGGGCAACAGUACUUUCAUGAAUGGUCUCUCAGACUCCCGAUCACUGGAGGGGAAGGAGCAGAUAGUUGAUGGGCUGUACGACGACGUGAAGAAACGUAUUUCAAAGAUGAUCCCCGAAAUAUUCAAGGACGAUGUGAAGUUUAUAUAUCUCGUGAUCAGAAAGGAAUAGUCAGACCAGAAGAAAUGACAUGGAGUCAUCUUAAC